AAGGACGUCGGUUAUAAGUGGUACGCGUCCAUGUGAACCCUGUUAUAUCUGCCCCUCGUUCCAUCCAGGCUGCGUGCAGACUCAAUUAUGGCAUUGUUAACUGCGAAUGAUGUAAAUUCGUUGAUCGCAAGCCAAUACCUUUCGGGAGCCGCAGUCACACUUACACUGUACGACCACAUCCUCAUCAUAGGGGAAAUUGCACUAGUAUGGCGACACAAGCGGUCCGCCCUUUCCGUCAUUGUCAUCCUUGACCUAUAUGCAAGACUUGGUAGUAUGCUGUUCAUAGCCUACGUGAACAGCGGGCUUUCCGCUAAUAUAACCACUCAAAUAUGCCGAGUGUUUAAUGACUAUGCUGUCACGUAUGGAUUACUGAGCAUGUGUUCGGUUCCAUUUGCACUGACGCUUCGCAUCUACAAACUAUGGGACAACAGAAAGAUGAUGACAUACGUGGUGAUAUGUGGAUUCGCGGUGAUCAAUGCAGUUGCAAUCGCAUUCUCAAUUGUCACAAAUAUUCAAACCUCUCGUAAGAUUCAGAGCUACAUAUCCUACAAAGGUAUCAGCAAUACUAAACUGGUCAUAGCCAAGGUGCAAUACAACAGUUCAUUUCGAAUGUGCACUCUUCCGGAUAAGCCCGUGUUUUUUAUUGGUGCUUACGCGGGAUCGCUAGCAUCCCAUGUCUACGUGCUCGUGUUAGUAUUGAUUCAUGCCCUGAGCAAUCCUCGCAGAAGUGAUGCCGAGCUGUUUCAUAAUCUAUACCGCGACGGCAUUCUAACAUUGUUGAUGUUCAUUGCACUGGAGCUUGCACGACUUAUACCGGCAAUUGUCGGAGGAGUUUGUAUUCAUCGCCCCGUACCACGCACAAACAGCUAAAUCAUUCUUGUCAGGCUGCGCAGAUACUGCUUACGCCUUUGAUAACAUGGGCCAUUGACGGUGUCAUGAGCUUCCGUCUGUACCUGACAUUGACGGAGAUCGAGAGCAACAGUCGCAAAGGGCAGUGGGUUCGAAGAACAGUGAACGUGACACACCAACAUGAAGUACUUGUUUUCCAGGAAGUAGAGAUGGAGCUCAUAUAACGCGCAAUGCAAGUUGACUCAGCGUGGAAAUAUCACUG